UGAUUGGACAGUGGAGACCUGGUCUCAUGGACAACCAGCCGCGCGCGGCGGUGGUUCCUCGCAGGUGGAUGGGUGGAGUUCACAGAAGUUAGAGCAAGAUGGCGUCGAUUGAGGAACUGAACCCGGAGAACCCGAGCUGAAGCAGCAAUCCCCGUCUGGGGAAGGGUUAAUGCGGGGGUGGGGGUAUCGCCGCUCCCUCUGACGAGGUGACUCGCCUUCUUAAGAGGUGACUCGCUGUAGUUGAGUCGGGUGUGCCUCGCCAGCAAUGGAAAACGGCGAGCUGAGCAGCAUGGAGACUAUGGAGACCCUGACGGAGCUCGGCGACGAGCUCACACUGGGCGAUAUCGAUGAAAUGCUACAAUUUGUCAGCAAUCAGGUUGGAGAUUUUCCAGAUUUAUUUUCUGAACAGUUAUAUGGCACAUUCCAAAGCAGCAAUGCAUGUAAUGGAGACAGAAUAUCAGAUACUUCACAGAAAGCCUACAGCCAGGGACAGUUACAGUCCUCUUCUCCUAGUACAGCUUCUCCACCACAACUUCAGUCUGUGCAAGUGAAGACCUCUCAGUCAACAGGCACAAUUCCUGCUCCACAGCGGGCUGCACCCCCUCUUCAACCUCGCCCCCAAGUUCAGCCCCCACUUCAGCAACAGACAGUGAUGAUUACUCCAACUUUCAGCUCCUCUCCCCAGACCCGGUUCAUUCAGCAACCUGUAAUAUACCAAAAUGCAGCCACAAGUUUUCAAGUGCUGCAACCUCAGGUUCAAAGCUUGGUGACUUCUUCCCAGGUUCAACCAGUUGCCAUUCAACAGCAGGUCCAGACCAUGCAAGGUCAGAGAGUACUGACGCAGAGUACCAGUGGCACCAUCCAGACACUAACACCAGCGACUGUCCAGGCAGUAGCUGCCCCUCAGGUUCAGCAGGUUCCAGUCCUGGUCCAGCCACAGAUAAUCAAGACAGAUUCUCUUGUCUUAACUACAUUGAAAACUGAUGGCAGUCCUGUUAUGGCUACUGUUCAGAAUCCAGCCCUGACAGCCAUACAGACAACAGCUCUGCAGACUUUGGUUGGUAGCAAUGGGGCCAUCUUGACAACUAUGCCUAUGAUGAUGGGAGGGCAGGAGAAGAUGCCCAUUAAACAAGUGCCUAAUAACACCAAGCAGCCAGAACCACCAAAGGAAGGAGAAAGGCGAACAACUCAUAAUAUUAUUGAGAAGAGAUAUCGAUCAUCUAUAAACGACAAGAUCAUAGAACUGAAAGAUCUAGUCAUGGGAACAGAUGCUAAAAUGCACAAGUCUGGUGUAUUGAGGAAAGCUAUUGACUACAUUAAAUACCUACAGCAGGUUAACCAUAAAUUGCGACAGGAGAACAUGAUCCUUAAGCUGUCUAGCCAGAAAAACAAGUUGUUAAAGGGUUUUGACUUAAGCAGUCUAGUGGACAACGAUGUGGAUCUGAAGAUGGAUGAAUUCAAUCAAAAUGCUCUAUUGAUGUCCCCUCCAGCUUCUGACUCAGGAUCACCAGCAGGCUUUUCCCCUUAUUCAAUUGAUUCAGAACCAGGAAGUCCACUAUUGGAUGAUGCAAAGGUUAAAGAUGAACCUGAUUCCCCACCUGUUGCUCUUGGAAUGGUUGAUCGCUCACGGAUGCUGCUUUGUGCUCUCACAUUCCUCUGUCUCUCCUUUAAUCCUUUAACAUCUUUUUUGGACAGCAAAGAAACACCGGACACUUACAGCACAGUGCAUCAUGGUUCUGAGAGGAAUAUACAAGCAAUAAAACCAGAAUCAGGUGGCUGGUUUGGCUGGAUGAUGCCCACUUUGAUCUUGUGGCUUGUGAACGGUGUUAUUAUCUUGAGUGUAUUCAUAAAACUGUUAGUGCAUGGAGAGCCAGUGAUACGACUGCAUUCCCGUUCUUCUGUGACGUUUUGGCGGCAUCGGAAACAGGCAGACCUGGAUUUAGCUAAGGGGGACUUUGCUGCUGCUGCAUCAAAUUUGCAGAUCUGUCUUUCUACCCUGGGCAGAGCAUUGCCUACUUCUCGUUUUGACUUGAUCUGUAGCCUUUCCUGGAACAUUAUUCGUUACAGUCUCCAAAAAUUGGGGUUAGUACGUUGGCUGCUAAAGAGGACAUCACAGCAGAGACGAGCAACUGAGACUCCUCUUGGCUUUGAAGAUGAAGCCAAAACCAGUGCGCGAGAUGCAGCAUUAGUGUAUCAUAAACUUCAUCAACUCCAUAUUACAGGUGAGCUUCCGUCCAGUUCAGCGUACUCAGGAUUGCACAUGGCAUUGUGUGCUGUAAACCUGGCAGAAUGUGCAGAGGAGAAGAUUUCACCAAGCACACUGGCAGAGAUUCAUCUAACUGCUGCAGUUGGCCUGAAAACUCGCUGUGGUGGCAAGCUGGGCUUCCUGGCGAGUUAUUUCUUAAAUCAAGCUCAGAGCUUGUGUACUUCUGAGCACAGUGACAUCCCUGAUUCCUUACGCUGGUUGUGCCAUCCUUUGGGGCAGAAAUAUUUUGUGGAACGGAGCUGGACAGUGAAAGCUGCUGCUAAGGAUAGUCUGUACUCCACUCAGAGGAACCCAGCUGAUCCCAUUGCACAGGUACACCAGGCAUUCUGUGAGAACCUAUUGGAGAGAGCUGUUGAAUCCAUUGUGAAUCCUCAGAUUCCCAAAGGGGCUACAAGCCAUGAUGAUGAGACACCUUGUGAAUUUGCUAAUGCUUUGGACUACUUGAAAUUACUAAGUUCUUUUGUGGAUUCUUUGGGAAGUGGGAUACCACCCUUUUCUGGAAAUUCUGUGCUGAAGUCUGCCCUAGGUCCUGAUGUAGUCUGCAGAUGGUGGUCAUCAGCAAUCACAAUGAUAAUCAGCUGGAUCAAGGGUGAUGAUACAGCUGUGAAAUCUCAGUUUAUCAACGUAGAACGAAUUCCUAAAUGCUUGGAAAUGAUGGAGAAUGCCCUUGUAAGAGCUAUCUUCCAUGUAUGCAAAGCCAUGAAUGUCCUGUUGUCUAGCAAGGCAGAUGGGCAGCAUAGUUCAUUUAAUCAUUGUGAAAGAGCUAGCACUCAUCUCUGGAACAGUCUCAAUAUGAGAAGUGGGAUCUCAAGCACAAGUCUCAACAAUAUGAUCCAGUUGCUGGCUUGUGAUCUACUGUUAUCCCUCCGUACCACUCUGUGGCAGAAACAGACAAACUCUAGUCUAGCUUUGGGAGACACGCACCAUGCUUCUGCUUCUGAGCUGACUGGCUUCCAGCGUGAUCUUGGCAGCCUGCGAAAACUAGCAAAUAGCUUCAGGCUUGCUUAUCGAAAGGUUUUCCUGCAUGAGGCCACUGUGCGCUUGAUGGCAGGAGCCAGCCCCACACGAACUCAUCAGCUGUUGGAGCAUAGUCUCAGACGUCGGACCCCACAGAAUACCAAGCAAGGUGAGUUGGAUGUUCUUCCUGGACAAAGAGAACGAGCUACAGCAAUUCUGUUAGCCUGCCGCUACCUCCCCCUGUCUUUUCUGUCAUCUCCGGGCCAGCGUGCUGUCCUACUUGCAGAAGCAGCUCGUACACUGGAGAAGGUUGGCGACAUGCGUUCCUGCAAUGACUGUCAGCAGAUGAUUGUGAAACUAAGUGGUGGCACAGCUAUUGCUGCUUCCUAACCUUAGAGGAAUAGUUUCAUCAGACAUUGAAUGAUAUCUUGUCCCCCCCCCUUUUUUUUUUUCUUAAAAACCCUUCCAGAUCUGUGGAAGUUUCAUUGUACUAAUAGGAGACAGUGACUUGGUGUAUAGCAAGUGGUGAAUUAUUUGCUUCCAAGUAAAAAGAAUGUUCAUGCUGGUGCUAGAAAGUUAUUUUUUCUCCUGACAGAGACUGAUAUCUUGGACUGAUUAACUUGUAUAUCUUUGAAAGAGGAAUUUUCUUUUCUCUCUUAUUCUUU